GUUUAGCUAUAAAGACAUUAUUGAAGUCUGCUCUCCACCCUGCAACUGUAUGCAGUUCACUAAAUUUUAUCCAUUUGCUCGCUGCUAGCUAGCGGAUAGUUCCCAACCACGCACCACGCCGGCCCUACGGCAGUCGUCGAGAGGAUGGAGAAGACAUCAGCUCCAGCAGCUUCCAUAGUCUCAGAGCUUCUCUUGCUUCUCGUGUUCCUCGCUGCUGGUCCCCUCCUCCAAUCUCCGGUUGAGGGUGUUGUUCACUACCACGACUUCGUGCUAAGGGAGAAGAACUUCACGAGGCUAUGCAGCAACAAGAGCAUGCUGGUGGUGAAUGACAGCUUCCCAGGCCCUGUGAUUCGAGUCCACAAAGGGGACACUGUAUAUGUCAAUGUCCACAACCAAGGAGAUUACGGCAUCACCAUCCACUGGCAUGGUGUGAAACAACCGGGAAACUCGUGGUCUGACGGUCCCGAGUACGUUACGCAAUGUCCCAUUCAACCAGGAACAAAUUUCACCUAUGAGAUAAUAUUCUCCAAUGAAGAGGGAACUCUCUGGUGGCAUGCACACAGCGACUGGUCCCGCUACAGUAUUCACGGAGCAAUCGUUGUCUACCCAGUCAAUGGAACCACAUACCCUUUCCCAACCCCCGAUGGCGAAGAAAUAAUCGUCCUUGGAUCUUGGUAUGAAAUAAAUGUCAAUGCAGUAGUCGAUGAGGACUUAAGGACUGGAGGAGACACGCCUCGUUCAGUUGCUUAUGUGAUCAACGGCCAACCAGGAGACUUCUGUAAUUGUUCUAAAGAGUCGACGUAUAGGUGGGUGGUCGACUACGGGAAGACUUACCUUGUCCGCCUAGUGAAUGCAGCCAUGAAUGCAGAACUCUUCCUCGCCAUUGCGGAUCACAACUUGACAGUGGUCGGGAUGGAUGGGAACUAUGUGAAACCCUUUGUGACAGGUUACAUCAUGAUAAGUCCGGGACAAACUAUAGAUUUCCUCCUCACAGCAAACCAGACUCUAGGCCAUUACUAUAUCGUGGCUCAUCAAUACGAUACAGCCCGACCUGAUGUGACGGAUUACGAUCAAAUGAAUGCCUCUGCGAUUCUCAUGUAUAGCGGCAACUACACUGCCCCCGGGAUACCGAUAUACCCUUCACAACUCCCUGCUUACGAGAAUCAUACUGCUGGAGAUGCGUUCGUGGCGAGGCUCAGAAGCUUGGCCAAUGAGCAAUAUCCGGUUGACGUGCCUAUGAACGUUACGACCCGAAUGUACAUUACAGUGUCUAUGAACCAGAUCCUCUGCUCCCCCCCUACAUGUGCAGGGAUUAAUGGUAAUCGGCUUGCUUCGAGUAUGAACAACAUAAGUUUCCUGAACCCAGACAUGGAUAUACUUCAAGCUUACUAUAGCAACUUGAGCGGAGUCUACACGCCCGAUUUUCCGAGUUGGCCGCCGACGAUGUACAACUUCACAGAGUAUGAUCCGCCAUUCAAUGUUACGGUGCCGAUCGUGGCGACAAAGGUGAUGAUGUUGAACUACAAUGAAGAAGUGGAGAUUACAUUUCAAGGGACCGAAACAUUAAACGCAUCUGAGGACCAUCCCAUGCACGUGCACGGCUACAGCUUCUAUGUGGUGGGGUCAGGCGUCGGAAACUUCAACAACGUGACGGACUCGUUAACUUAUAAUUUGGUUGAUCCGGUGCAGUUGAAUACGGUCAGAACUCCUAAGAUAGGAUGGGUUACCAUAAGAUUCAAGGCGAACAAUCCCGGCGUGUGGCUCUGGCAUUGCCACUUGGAUCGACAUCUAAGCUGGGGCAUGGACACGGUAAUGAUUGUGAGGGACGGUGGAACGCCAGAGACGAGCUUACGAAGUCCCCCUCCAUAUAUGCCUAAGUGCAAGGUCCCCUUUUCACAUUGGAUUCGAAACUUCGAUGAUUCGGACGAGGAAUAUGCUCAAUUAUUUUCACAUUGAUACAUUACCAGGGACAGACCAGAGAUUCAAAUUAGCGUGUUUCGAGCGGCCAAUAGGAAGAUUUGGAUUUAUAUUUAAGGGGCGACUAUAAUAAUCAAUAUAUAAGGCGCAUAUCUCUUGUCUUCCAACUUUA